AGAUUAUCAAUAUCAACAGGCAAAUAACAAUGUUUUCGGUGAAUCGCGGGUCUUACCUCGCUCUACUCCUCCAAGGUAAGAUAAAUCGGCGGCAGCGUUCGCCUCGGAUUGUCGUUUAAAUUUAACUUUGCUAAAAAUACCGCUUGCGGAAAACUUGGAGAAAAUUCAGUUUUAGAGCGAUGGAAUCCGGUAUAGUGUGUCAGAUACCGCAAGCUCCAGAAAAUAGUGGCCAAAGCGAAAAUAACAACAACGGCGAAGAUGCGGGUCAGCAAUCGAGUGAGGACAAUAAAACUGCACAGGAAAAUAAUGAAAAUAGGCAAGCUGCCACCGAAACACAAGCUAAAUUGAAAGCAAAAACUCCCGAUAAAGACUUGCCUCCUCUGCAGCCGCUUGCGAAGAAACCCAGGCAGAAAAGGAGGAUCAUCCAUCGGGACACAGCAAAGAGGGAAUCGACCCCAAUACGGUACUUGGGGGAUGAAGAUGCGGCCCAGUUAGAAGAAGAAAUUGCGGCUGAGAGGCACAACAAUCAAAAUGGCAAAGAGUGGUCUUCGAGCAGCACAAGCGAGAACAUCAGCCGCCAAGGCAGUUUUCGCAAAGGCCACGCGAAGAAAGAAAGCAUCUCAGAUCUGGCGCAGCAGGAGCUAAAAUCGCUCUUCAACAAAACGAAGAAAUCCAUCAGUUCGGCUGCUCAAAGAGGCCGCGAGCGCUUCAGGAAAUACGAGCAACAGUUGGCGAAGCGUAGCCAAUCGGCGCCGCAGAAGUUCGUCGAAGAGUUGCAGGAGAGUUUGGAGAAAGUCCAGCACAACGACGCGAGUUUGAGGAGGAAAUACUCCGAUUCGGAUUUCACUGUUGCAUCUAAAGCGGCCUUUGAACUAAGUCCGCAGAUGCAGCUGCAGCUGCUGCGCCAAAGAAAACCCCCGCUGGCUUCGGCCAAAAUCAUCGAGGUUCUAGACGCGAAAACUUGCAGCGUGGUGCAGCGGAAAUGCAUCGCAGCCUCUGGAAAAACCAAGCAAGUCGUUCUGAGCAGCUUCAGAACCUUGUCCAUAAGGGAACUGUUCCGGAACUACCAAAUCCACAAAAGACAGUUCCAUCGGGAGUACAAUCAAAUCAAACGCACAUUCCGUCGAUGCUGUUGUGAACUGUUUUUGAUCAUGGUGUUUUGCGGCUUGGGAGGCCUCAUGUUCAAAUUCACUGAGGGCACGUUCGAAACGUACUACAAGUGCGGAGUUAAGAGAGUGAAGCGAGACUUUAUCGACUUGUUGUGGCUGAAGAGCCACAACUUGAGGGAGGACGACUGGAAGUCCUUGGCCAGGAGCAGGCUGAGGAAGUUUGAGGAGGAGCUGCAUAGCGCGCAUGAGGCGGGCAUGACCGAUUACAGUGGCAUGCGAUCUUGGAGUUUUUUGAAUGGGAUUGUUUAUUGUUUGACGAUUUUAACUACCAUCGGCUAUGGACACAUGUUUCCCAAAACUCACACAGGAAGAGCCCUCACCAUCGUCUACGCCCUGAUAGGAAUUCCACUUUUCCUGAUUGCCCUCACUGAUUUCGGGAAAUUAUUCACCAGAGGCAUCAAGUUCGUGUGGUCGUUUGUCCGCCGCCUGUACUACACUGGGAGUUGCCGAAAAGUGCGGAAAAAUGCCAAUAUGGACGACAUUUUCAAAGGCGCUCAGAACCUCUACGACUACGCCACCUUCAAAAGACCCUCACUGUUCGACCCGACCAGCCCCAUGCCGCCCGAAUCGGAAAGCCAACAGCAAACGGAGACGCCCACCACCCCAGCGAUUUCCAACUUUGAAAUCGACGACGAAUUCAACCUCCCCAUCUCCGUAGCUCUUUUCAUCCUCGUUUCGUACAUUUUCUGCGGCGCCGUCAUGUACAUGGUGAUCGAAAAAUGGAACUUCUUCGAAGCCUUUUACUUCGUCUUCAUUUCCAUGUCCACCAUCGGCUUUGGCGACUACGUUCCUCGCGAUCCUGUUUUCAUGAUCGGCUCCAUCAUCUACCUGGUGUUUGGGCUGGCUUUGAUGUCGAUGUGCAUCAAUGUGGUGCAGGCCAAGCUGAGCGACACUUUCAAGCAGGCGUCUUCGAAGAUCGGAGCCACCAUUGGUCUGGAGGUGGACGAGGAAGGCAGCGUUAUCAUGGCAGCUCCGGAGAAUAUCGAAGAAAUCACUCCUGUGAGGGUGGAGAUUGCCAACGAAGUAGCCGAGGCGAAAUGAGUGGGUUCUUGAUUGGUCAAUAAAUAUUUUAUUAUUUAAAA